AUGGUGCUAAUUAGACCGUAUUUUUCUGAACAUUUUCAGGCUGUUGGCUUAACAACCGUCGUUCUGGCAAUUUGGAUGUUGACGGAUCCAACGUUUCUUGUGUCCCUAGCCCAAGAGCAACAAAACUUCAAUGCUGGGCUUUAUAUCCUGUUGACAUCUGGGGCAUUAAUGCUCAUUGUGGCUUUCUUGGGAUGCUGUGGAGCAUUUAGAGCAUCUCAGUGCAUGUUAAUCGGAUUCUUUAGUUGUCUACUAGUUGUAAUUGUGGCCCAAAUUGCCGCUGGAGCCUGGCUGUUCGCGAACAGCGACCGUUUAGAAGAGUUGGUCAGAUCUUCUGUCGUCAAUACUGUCAAGAACGAGUAUGGCGAAAUCGAGUACCGAACACAAACGGUCGACGCAUUUCAAUCUGGACUCGGAUGUUGUGGAGCUAUUGGACCUGCAGAUUGGGCUGGGAGUAAAUACGCUCGUAAAGAUUCUUCAGGUCCACUAAGUUUAUCUGUAACUCCUGACUCCAGUAAUAUUUAUCGAGUUCCUGAAUCCUGCUGCAAGGAUAGAACCAGCGUGGCUUGCAAUGUCGCUCGUGAUAUUAAGUUUGGCGACAUCGUUAAUCCUGUGAUUUACUCAGAGGGCUGCAUGGACAAACUGGUGGAUGCCCUGAAAAGUCAGAGUAAUAUCGUCCUCGGCGUAACUCUGGGUGUUGGUAUCUUAGAGCUUCUCGGAUUAAUUUUCUCGUUAAUCCUUUGUUGUGCAAUCGGCAGUUCGGACGGAUACAAAGCAUAAAUCACAAACUGGCUCAUACGUGCCAACUUCCUUUAAUUUAAGUUCAAUCAGAACCUCUACUGUACGGAGGCUGGGAAGUUUUACAAACUAAUGUAUAAAUUCAAUCUCGUGCCAAGAUUUGUCGAAUGUCACGAAUCGUACCAUUUACCGUUGAUAAGCUGGAAGAGGAUUAUUGCUUAUUCGGUACAUAUCCCUUACAUAAAUGACUAAAUUAUGUUCGGGUAUGGAACAAUCUACAUAAAAAGGAAAUGAGCUUAUAAAGUAUAUACUACAUUUA